CACCAGCUAAACUAGCUCCUCCACUCCUUUCGCUGACUUUCUCACCUUAACUCACGCCCCUCUCUUCAUCCAUCGCGGAGGAGACAUACUGCCUUGACAGAAACAACCACAAACCUACCACAGCCCCACAGAAUGACCAAACCCACCAACCGCCCCCGCAUAGCCUGCUUCCAUGGCGGCGGCUCCCGCGCGUCUGUCUACGAAGUCCAAUGCAGCCACCUCGCCAAGCUCCUCGAGCCCGACUUCGAACUCGUCUUCUUCGACGGACCCUUCUUCCGCGACGCGGGGCCCGGUGUCCUCCCUGCCUUUCGCGGCUACGAGCCCUUCCGCUCCUGGUUCACGCAGGAUAAUAGCUCCGGCACCGAGCUCGCCGACGGCAGCGGGUACGAUAUGACCGGUCGGGAUGGCGUCGAGCGGAUCUGGAAGCUGAUGCGGGAGCGAGACCAGGUUAACCCUGGUGGGCCUUGGGUCGGGGUGAUGGGGUUCAGUCAGGGGACGAGGCCCGCGGGCGGGUUAUUGCUGGAUCAGCAGCGGAGGGUUGCGAGCGGAGAGUCAACGACAUCAACGACACCGGGGUCGAGCUUGAAAUUUGGAGUUAUGUGUAUGGGGGCUGGUGCGCCUAUGGUGGCGGAGAGUGCGCAUCGGGCAGAAUCCGACGCGGAGCUUGUCUCUAUCCCGACGAUACACGUGCAUGGUCUGAAAGAUCCGGUGCUGCCAUUGAGCCGACAUCAGCUGGCGACGUAUUAUGAGCCUAAGCGGAGUGAGCUGUUCGAGGUGGAUUAUCAUCAUGCCAUGCCGUGGGUGAAGCACGAGGUCGAACAUCUGGCGUAUCUGAUCAGGGCAGCAUACAGAGAAAACAGCUGAAGGGGGUCUGAGACAUUUCAGGGAUUGGAAUAUGCACUCGAACAGGAAUCAAGCUUCACAGAUGGUAUUAAUCACGGCUACGCCAAUGUAGUCAAAUAGACUUUUGCUCAUAUCUCAUAUCUCAUGCUAAAUUAGUGGGCAGUCUUGCUUUCU